GUUGUUGUUGCACCACAGCUGCUGUCAUGUGAUAGCCUGUCUGAGCAAGCUGCUGUACACAGUAGUUUUUAACCUUUGUCUUGGGUUAAAUUAAAAGCAGGCAGGCGGUCAGCUUUAUGUUUGUUGCGGAAGAACCAAACGGCUCGUUUGUGAAGGAGAGCAGGGAAGCCGGGGUUGUGUAGUUUGACCCCUCGGACGCAGCCAUGGGGUGCUGUUACAGUGGCGAGGACGACAGCUCCAGAGAGAAGUCCGACGAGACUGAUCCGCUGAUCCCCCACCCGAACCCCGUGAGCAAACCUCCAAAUGGGACAGACUGGAUCACAACCAGUGUCCCCUCUGCACAGACAGAUGGACAAGCCCUCCUUACAUCCAUCUUGACAAAGACUGCGCAGAACAUCAUUGAUGUCUCAGCAGCUGAUUCUGUUGUGAUGGAGCAACAUGAAAUCAUGGACAAAGCUAGGCAGUACAGUACAAAACUGGCUGUGUUGAGCACCAGCUUGCCACAGAAGAAAGUCCUCACGCUUCCCUCCCUAACCAGCCAGCCCCACCAAGUGCUUGCAAGUGACCUUGUUCCAUACUCGGAUGUUCAGCAGGUAUCCAAGAUAGCUGCUUACACAUACAGUGCAAUCUCUCAGAUCAAAGUGGAUGCUAAAGAGGAGCUGGUCGUCCAGUUUGCCAUUCCCUGACUUUAAGCCACAUAUUAUCCUCCCAUCCCACUCGCUCUGUGCCACUCCUGCUUCGUCGUCCUCCAGUCCACUUUUUAAUAAAGCGUUUUUGGUCAAAAGUCUUUUAGUGAAAUUAUCAAUCGUUAUUGGCAGAUGAUCCAUGGAGGUAGUUUUUGACCGAUGUAUAUGAUGAUCCUCUUCUGUCGGGCCUCUCAUGUAUGUAACACAUGCAUUGCAGGCUUUGUCCAAACAAUGUAAAAGAAGUCCGUCAAUUUUCGUAACUUUUUAGAUGUUGGACUUCAUGUUUAGGCAAGCACACUGUACUCACACCAUGUUAUCCGCCGAGACAGCUCUAGGAUGUUUGGCUCAUGGUUAACUCCCGCUAAAUGAUAUCAUGUGCGAAAUUAGCGAUUUUCACCUUGCAGUAGACGUGAUUGACGGUUAUAGUUUAUUACUUGCAAACAAAGAACUGUGCAACAUGGCUUCAUAUCUGCACGUCAUAAAACUUUAAAGCUAAAAUAUUUCCCAGUUAAUUUUCUCUGACCAGUAAAGAUGUCAGUUAAUUAGUAUUUUUCUCCCUGGAAAUAAAGCUGCUGUUGUAGUCUACUUUAAAUCAAACAGCAGGUCUGAGUAAUUAAAUGCAGGUAAUCUGGUGUCUUCAAUCCAACAACAAAAAAAGAAAAACGUUCAUGUUACAGUUUUCAUUUUCGCUCCCGACUGUUUUAUCUGUCCCGUCACCUGACCUCACCUAUAUCAUGAUUGACCCGUUCAUUUCUGGUGGACAAGAAUUCAAACGCAAGCAGGGGGUGCCAGCUGGUUGGGGCUCCUGACGUCAUUUGUAAACGCUCGAGUUUACAGACGAAGAUGUUCAAGUAUCCUGCCCUCAUAAUGAGCUGGCCAGGAAUUUAACAUUUAAAAUGACAGAGGUGAAGCUGGUGGCCUGUGGAGGAUGCAAAGACUCUCACUGUAUAAUCAUUACCUUUGUAUAGAGUUUUCUGAUUGACUACAUUAAUAGCUGGUGGAUUGUACGAAAGGCCUGUGGGAGGAUGGUUUUUUUAUGAGAUACGACUACACUUUUCGGGCCUGCGAUUGUUAGCUUUUUACACAAAGCGUUUCUCUCCAGAUUGAGGUUUUCGUAUUAAUCAGAAACUAACCAUUGUUGCAGCGUGAAAGAGUUUUAACCAAUGUACCCAAGCAGAUUUAAAUAACCUCAGAUAUUUUGCCAAUUAUUUAUACGUAUUUUUUGUUCUUAAGUGUACAUGUGCUCUUUGAAGGAGCUGAUCUCGAGUCUCUAAAGGGAGCCUGCAAGCCUGUGACUAUUUAUACCACACGAGUGAUUAGAGCUUUUUUUUUUUUUUUUGCAAUGGGUCUCUUGGCAAUUUGUUUUUGUUUGUUUUGUUUGUUACUUAAAUGUGUAAUACAUGGAAGAUUGUAUGUGUGUACUAUCAUAGGCUAGUACCAAAAAUAUGUUUUUUGUUUGUUUUUGGUUUAAUCAGUUCAUUAAAAAGUUUCAACAAAGCAUUUAUGUCUUAAUAAAUAGUGACCACAUGU